AUUAGAUUAAAUAAGACUUAUCCUUUUUUGUUUUUGUUUUUCUUUACAGCCAUGUCAGAAGAACCAAGCAGUCAAGCAAACUUGGCAUUAUACCAAUCCCUUCAAACAAAAUCGAUCGAAUUAUCACAUCAGCUUGCAGAUCAUGUCGUGUCUAUUCAACACCAAAUGAAACACAUGUCCCAAUCAACAGCCGAAGCGGGAAAAGUGUACAAGUUAUCUGUAAAAAACCUAUCAGAGGAAAUUGACGCCAGUACAAAAAUGUCUAUUGAGCUCAUUACCCAUUGCGAUGAACUUGAUAAAGAUUUAUCUCAACUCCAGGAACUGUCUCGGCAAAUUAAAUCUGUAGAUAAAGCAUUAGAUCAACUGAAGAAAGCCUUGAUGUGAACAAUAAACCAAGAUAAUUUGGCACAAAUU